AGUUUCAGAAUGCCUGCUACAGUAAGCCUCUACACAAAUUCCUCUUUGUUUCUCCUCACUGGAUUUUCUGGCCUGGAACAACAAUAUCCCUGGCUCUCUCUCCCCUUCUCUGUUAUCUAUGCCAUGGUGCUUUUGGGCAAUUGCAUGGUUCUCCAUGUGGUCUGGACUGAGCCAAGCCUACACCAGCCCAUGUUCUACUUUCUGGCCAUGCUGGCCCUAACUGAUCUGUGCAUGGGGCUGUCCACAGUGCACACAGUUCUGGGGAUCCUUUGGGGGCUCAUUCAAGAAGUCAGCUUGGAUUCCUGCAUUGCCCAGGCCUAUUUCAUCCAUGGUCUGUCCUUCAUGGAGUCUUCUGUUCUCCUCGCGAUGGCCUUUGACCGGUAUGUUGCAAUUUGCAACCCACUGCGAUAUUCCUCCAUCCUGACUACCUCCAGGAUUAUCAAAAUUGGGUUCACCAUAGUAGGUAGGAGCUUCUUCUUUAUCACACCCCCUAUCAUUCGUCUGAAAUUCUUCAAUUACUGUCGUCCCCAUACCCUCUCUCACUCUUUCUGCCUACAUCAGGAUCUUCUCCGCCUAGCCUGUUCAGACGUCCGUGCUAAUAGCUACUAUGCCCUGAUGCUGGUCAUUUGCACACUGCUGUUGGACGCUGUACUCAUCCUCUUUUCCUACAUCCUGAUUCUUAAGUCAGUCUUGGCAAUUGCCUCUCAGGAGGAGCGGCACAAGUCCUUUCAGACCUGCGUCUCCCACGUCUGUGCUGUCCUCGUGUUCUACAUCCCCAUUAUUAGCUUAACAAUGGUGCACCGUUUUGGCAAGCAUCUCUCUCCCAUCGUCCAUGUCCUUAUGGGAAACAUCUACAUCCUUUUCCCACCACUGAUGAAUCCAAUUAUCUAUAGUGUCAAGACCCAACAGAUUCGUAGCAGAAUAAUCAGAUUUUUUCUUCUGAAAAGAUAUUGA